UUUUUUGGAUUUUGGAUUUAGCUUGGAUUUAGCUUGGAUUUGGCUUGGCUUGCCAAUUGCAUCGCAGCUUCCAUAGAACUCUGCAAACUCUUGGGCUUGAAUUUUGUGAAGGCCUCGUUAAUUCUGUAUUUUGAUCGUCGUAGCAUAUUUACCAUACUGCUCAAGCCCUAGGGUAUGAUAUUAUUAUGACAGCGCUGUUUAGCAAGCCGCAUCCCAGCUCAAGCUGAGAUUCUCAUGGAUUCCAAUUCAAAUUCCGAUUGAGCUUGAGUGCAGAGUGAUAACACUGACCUGCCUUCCCACAAUUCAAAUUGAGGGGAGGACAGUUGGGCAAACUAGACCUUUGGAAUCAAAAUAUGGAGGCAUCAAAAGAUUGAUUCCUUAUGACCAUAUUUGGGCAUAAAUGCAGACCAUUUCUAACUUACCAAUCACAUAAAAAUAAGAGAGUGUUUCAAGAAGGAGCAUGCCUGAUCUUGAACAGAAAUGCUGGAACUAUCUCCUAAACAAAAUAAUAUUGCUCCUAUCAUAACAAUUUGAAUUCUAUAGGUAGUGAAAGGCAAUCAAGAAAUUGAUUCACUUCAUACAGAUAAUCAUAAUAUUGAUUCCCCAUCAGCUGGCUAAUCAUUAUUUUGAUUCACAGGUAAUGUUAACAGAUAGGCAACAAUGACUUGCAAGAAUACAAUAUUUAUCUUGCUAUUAUUCUCAUUUAGUGGUAUCCUCAGCACCACAACAGAUACCUAUAGCAUUGUUGUACUUUACCUUCACUACGUUUGAUAACAAUUCACAAUUUUUAAAGGUCAAGAAUACAAAAACUGAAGCAACAGGUAAAAACCAUAUAAUAAAUAUAAAAGCACUAAAAUAAUGAUAAUUAGGGGUUUGAAAAUUUCAUUUUGCCAUUUUACACAAAUACUGAUUGGUUAGUAUGUGAUUCAUGAUACAAAAAUAACAUACAGUGUGAUUUCCUCAAAACAGCUCUUACGUGAUGGACAGUGGCCCUGUCUUAUUCCCAUUCACAAGGCCAAAGGGACAAUUUCUUAGUUUUGGGGUAACACUUUUUGCAAACCUACCACAUUUUUCUACCUUUUUAGAGAAAAAUCUCACCGUCAUGGGCCUUUUUUCAACCGUAACGAUACAUUUGAAGUCAAAAGUGUACCCAAAUGAAUCAAAAAAUUGAUUCCAUGCCCAUAUUUGGUCAUGGCUCCUCCCACCAGAAUCAAAUUAUUGAUGCACCAGAAUCAAAUUAUUGAUGCCUCCAUAUUUUGAUUCCAAAGGUCUAGUUUGCCCAACUGAGGAGGGGAUCGUUCUAAUCUUGCUCCAUAGGUUGGCAGUUUCCAUUAAUGUAGUUCAGGGGUCGGCAAAUGGUGGGGCAUGCCCCCUUUGGGGGUAAUGGAGCCCCUCGGCGGGGGGUAAUGGGGGCCUCUGAGAAAGCCUUAUCUUAGAAUUAAUGUCUCCCUUGAUGGGACAGACAUCACGCCUGUUUGGUCUCAGGGUUCAAAGAUCGAACGCUAACCGUCGCCCCUCUAUUGGCGUUUUCAUAACAGCUAACGUAAACGGGGAGGGGCCGGUCGGACCCCAGCCUCUCGGCCUCUGAAAUCUGAACUGGAGCUUUGCGGUAGAAAAAUGAACGUGCUACCCGUGACGAUAGGAAGACGCUGCUACCCAAUUUUAACCUUCGCACUUAUAGGGGACCCCCUUUUCCUCGGGUUUUCGCGAAUAACUCGCGCAAAAAGCGGCCGAUCGCGAUGACAUUUUCAGUACAGGUUUAUCAAUUUUAUACAUUGUAGCUAGAAUUUCGCAACCAUUUGAACAUAUACCUAACAUAUACCUGCCUAACAAGUCAACAAUUAUUUCUGUCAAUGUAUGACAUGUUUUAUGGCAGAUAAAAAAAUGAUCGGCUCGAGGGUAAAAUUGUGUCGUGAUCCGACGUUUUUACAUAUUAAUACCCGAAAUACAAAAGAGUCACGGAAAGGUAUGACAUUUCAGUGAGCUCGGUUGUGUAUGCAAUGGUGUCUGGUAGGGUGGGGGUAAUGGCCCUGCCUGGCGCCCGAAAAGGGGGCACGACCCCGGAAGGCCUGCCGACCACUGAUGUAGUUGAACAUCAGGCUUCUGAGUUUUGAUGACAGUCACAUUAUAUUUCAUUGUAUGUCACAGAUUACCACUUACCAGUGCCCAUGGGUUGGCAGGAUUUCUGAGCAGCUGUUGUGAUGUCGGCCCGUCCGCCGGGGUUCCCCUCGGGUGCAGCUGACAGUCAGAUGCAGUCGGGAGGGAUGACAGGACAGCAGGCACGCUUCGGAGCGCCUGGCGCUGCUCCGGGCAUGCGUUCAUACGGAUCCCCCGGCUACUCGGGUAUGCCGUCCCAGCACGGCGGCCAGUACCCCUCCAGCAGCAGCCAGAACAUGAUGCAGCGCUCAGGCGGCAGCAUGGUGCAGAACCAGUACCCGGCCAGCCGGCCGCCGGCCAUGCAGUCCAGCAGCAAACGGUCUUCGGACGGACGCUCCCUCGCCAACCAGCCCCUCAAAAGCGCGAAGAAGAAGAAGCGCAUGGCCGAUAAGAUUUUGCCGUGGAAGGUGCGGGACCUGGUGCCGGAGUCGCAGGCCUACAUGGACCUGCUGGCCUUCGAGCGCAAACUGGACGCCACCAUCAUGAGGAAACGACUCGAUAUUCAGGAGGCGCUGAAGCGUCCGCUGAAGCAGAAGCGGAAGCUGCGCAUCUUCAUCUCGAACACGUACUUCCCGGCCAAGGAGCCGGCCGAGGGCGAGGCCGACUCGGGCAGCUCCUCCUCCUGGGAGCUGAGAGUCGAGGGCAAACUGCUCGACGAGAGCAAGGCAGACGCCAGCAAGGCGAAGCGCAAGUUUUCGUCGUUUUUCAAGUCUCUGGUGAUUGAGCUGGACAAGGAUCUGUACGGCCCCGAUAACCAUCUGGUGGAGUGGCACCGGACAGCCACCACCCAGGAGACGGACGGAUUUCAGGUGAAGCGCCCCGGCGACAAGAACGUGCGCUGCACGAUCCUGUUGCUGCUCGACUACCAGCCGCCGCAGUUCAAACUGGACUCGCGGCUGGCGCGUCUGCUGGGCGUGCACACCCAGUCGCGGCCGGUCAUCACACAGGCGCUGUGGCAGUACGUCAAACACAACCGGCUGCAGGACCAGAGUGAGCGCGAGUACGUCAACUGCGACCGGUACCUGGAGCAGAUAUUCCAGUGUCCGCGGAUGAAGUUUGCCGAGAUCCCGCACCGUCUGAACUCACUGCUGCACCCGCCGGACCCGAUCGUCAUCAACCACACCAUCAGCGUGGAGGGCGCCGAACAGAAGAAAACCGCCUGCUACGACAUCGAGGUCGAGGUGGACGACACGCUGAAGACGCAGAUGAACAACUUCCUACUGUCGACGGCCAGCCAGCAGGAGAUCCAGAAUCUCGACAACAAGGUGCACGAGACGGUGGAGCUCAUCAACCAGUACAAGAUCAACCGCGAGUUCUUCCUCAGCUUCGCCAGGGACCCGCAGCAGUUCAUCAACAAGUGGCUCGUCUCGCAGAACAGGGACCUCAAGACCAUCACGGACGUGGUCGGUAACCCGGAGGAGGAGCGUCGCUCCGAGUUUUACCAGCAGGGCUGGGCGCACGAAGCCGUCCACCGCUACUUCUACAGCAAGGUGCAGCAGAAGCGCGCAGAGCUCGAGCAAGUGCUCGGCAUCAGGAGCUCCUGAACACGCCGCCCAGCUGAGACCGCAUCCCGAGGUGUGGCGGUGUGUAACCAGGGGGACUCGGCUGUCGGGGGGGGGGGGAGGGGGAUUCAGUGACGUCUGUUCUGAGAGAUGAGUGAGGCUUGACUGAGUGGUCCGUAUAGCGAAUGAUUGGAGUGAGCGGGGCGCCAUCUGGGGCAGCGGUCUGUGUCGGCAGUGGGAGGCUGGUUCGUUGGAGCUGCCAGCCGGGGAUGGAGCUGCCUGUCUUUAGUUGGGGUCAGCGGGGGACGUGUGUGGCGUAGUUGUGCGCCGUGCUGUAGGCCUCUUGCAGUCCCGGUCUCAGCGCCGGUCUCAGCCGAUCCCCCGCUCCGACGCAGCUCACCUGCCUGCUGCUGGAGUAGGGCUGCCUCGCCCCGCCGGUGUACCGUGUAUUGAGGCAGUGUGUAGGGUGAAUGCCAACCUGUCGCCGCUCUAUCCCUCCGUCUCGCCCUGUGUUUUCGUCUGCUGGAUCCCCGUCCCGUCCAAUCCGCUGCUCAUUAGAGAGGUGUGGCUGGCCCCACUGCUGUCACCGAUCAUCUGUAUUCAGUGACGGCGGUGACACCCCUGUGUGCUGAUGCCGAAUUUUCUGCUCUUUUUGUAGAUUACGUGAUGAAUAGGGCUGAUGUCAGUGAAUUGUAACUUUUUCCUAGGUCGUCUUGCUGCCAUUUUUGUUCGUCGAAGGACUGAAUGCGUCAUUUUGUCGUACCCACUAUUGUGUUGUACCAAGCGAGUUGAUAGUGCAUGUGUAUCGUAUUUUUAUAUAUUUUGUCCAUAUUUAGCUAAAUGGAUGGCUGAACCCUGGGCUCAGCUAACUUUGCGUGACGUAGCUCGCUUUUACUACCAAUGAACGGCUAAACAGUUAA